GAUAUAUUGCUACAAAAAACCUGUUAUAACGAUUCAAUAAUUCAAAUUGUUAACAAUUUAUCUUAUUCAGUCAGCAAUAUUUUUUUGUGAAAACAUUCUUGACUUAGGAUAAGGUUACGCCAUUUGCUUUCUCUUACAAUAGGCGUAAUCAGUUGAAAUUCUGGCAUUUUGCCAGUUACAAAAAAAUAGGUUAUUGAUCAAACGUUUGUGUUUAAUAAUCUCGAAUUUGCCGAAAUACCUAGCAAAGUGUGCAUUUUUUUUUAUCUUUCAAUUCCUUUCAUUUUUAUUUCUCCUUAUAAUAUUUUCUUAUUUAUUCGUUUAUCAUCUUUUUUUUAAAUUUCACAAUAUAAAAUAAAGUAUUUUAUAUUUAUCGUUCAUUUUAUAAAUCCGAUAUAUAUAUCCGAUUACAUUUAAUUCGAAUCACAUAAAUUUUCUAGUCUUUUCUAAUCACAAAAUGCAAAUUAAAAUUAAUAAUCUGAUAAUUAUUUACUAAAAAGAAAGAUCAAUCGCUUUCUCGAUUUUCAUAAAAUGGACGAACGAAUGGAAAUAUAAAAGUAACAAUAACGACAUCUCGAAGAGAAAUAAGGAAAUAGAAAUAUUCAAUAGAGAAAAAAGUAUCGUUCGAUAAGUCUGGUUCAAUCGAAUAUCUCGUUUGAAAACGAGAAUCUUGCGAUUUUCGAUAUAAAGUCGAUGAUGAUUGAUGAUCGGAAAUUCAAUGUCAUCGAUAUGAAAUAUGUCGAUAUUGUGGUAAAAAAUAAAUACAAUGGCAGUGAGAACGAUUCUUUUAUCUUACGAAACGUAUGAAGUUACGUAAAUUCGUUUGUGUAAAUAUUAAUCCAUCUUUUUCGGAUAGUUGGACUAAAAAAACCAGGUUGUUUGUUACCAAUGUGUAACACAAUGCAUGAAAGAUCAAGAUAUUUUGAUUAAAAGAUCAACACGCAGAUUGUAAGAAAAAAAGAUUUUAAUGAUUGCUGCUACACUGACCGACCAUCUGUUCUAAAUACGCUAGAUAUCAUGAGACGAAAAUGAAAGAAAAAUCGAAAUAUUUUUCCUAUAAUCAUCUCAAAUGAAAUAAUAUGAAAAUAAUCCCUUUAUCUAAAUACCUGUCAAUUAGUUUUGCAACAUUCGACACCGUUGUGGAAGAAACUCGUAACAUUGUUAACCCGAUCGGAUAGCAUAAUAAUAAUGUAGAUGAAGAAGAAAGAAAAAUUCGAAGGAAUAAACAAGGAAUAAACGGGUAAAAAAAAAAAAAAAAAUCACCAUGUAUCAAUUACUACAUUUUCGUAGUCGUUCUUUACGAACUGUUAUCCUGGGAUUGAUUUGUUUGACUUUUUAUGCAUAUUAUCGCACUUAUUACGAUGUCCCUCAAUAUAAUGUAUCACGAAAUGUCAGUCGACUUACAUCUCAGGAAAUUUAUAAGCAACGAUCAAAUGUCACUAUAGAGCUUCGUAUAGGAUCUUUGUCCAAGAAUGAUUCCCCUGAAUUAUCAAUCGUCGACACUUAUAACGUACAAAAUGUUAGUAAUCUUUCAAAUUCUUUGAUUACUACGCAAUCAACAUCUAGCUCUCAGACGACAAACGUAUCGAUUCUUGUUUCCAAGCAAAGCAACGAAAAGUCACAGACACGAGUGGAAAAGAUCAUAAAUGAGACCAAAGAUGUCUCUGUUCCUUCAAAUGAAUGCUCUGCGCGUGCUAUUUAUGAAGCUGGUCAUAUGGUACCAAUUCCAGAAAAAUGCCCAAAUUUUGGUAAAGAAAUGGAUCUGGUAAUCAUAAUAAUGUCUGCACCGACCCAUCUAGAAGCUAGGAUGGCGAUACGACAAACAUGGGGUCAUUUUGGUCAGAGAAGUGAUAUCAGUAUCUUAUUCAUGUUAGGUGCAACUAUGGAUUCCAAAGUGGAAACGAUUUUGAGAAAAGAGCAAAAAACUUACAACGACGUGAUACGCGGAAAAUUUUUAGAUUCCUAUUCCAAUUUGACGCUUAAAACGAUAUCUACUCUUGAAUGGGUGGAUAAUUAUUGUUCCAAAGUUAAAUUUCUUUUAAAGACUGAUGACGAUAUGUUUAUUAAUGUUCCACGUUUGCAAGCUUUUACAAUUAAACAUGCGAGAGAUAAAAACGUAAUAUUUGGAAGAUUGGCUAAAAAGUGGAAACCAAUUAGAAAUAAGAAAAGCAAAUAUUUUGUGUCUCAAGCUCAAUUUAAACAUGCCGUAUUUCCAGACUUUACUACCGGACCAGCAUAUCUCUUAUCCAGUGAUAUUGUGCGUAAAUUAUAUGAUGCUGCAUUGGAUCAAACGUAUCUUAAACUUGAAGAUGUUUUUGUGACUGGUAUAGUAGCGGAUAAAUUGGGAAUAAAAAGGACACACGCUAAUGAAUUUUUAAAUAAAAAGAUUUCAUAUAGUGCGUGUAAUGUUCAACGAGGCAUUAGUAUUCAUAUGGUCAAAUAUAGCGAACAAUUUGAUCUUUGGAAAAAAUUAUUUGAUGGUAAAAGUAAAUGUAAAUGAUAAACAGCGCUUAAAAUAAUAGAUAUUCCAUAUCCUAUUUGCGCGAUACAUCAUUUGAUUCUCGUAUGACGAUCCAUCAAAAUACACCAUUCGACUGUUCUCAGUUAGAUGCAACGUAUAAUAAAUUAACUUUUUUUCAUUCGAAUAUUUAAUUAAUCGUAAUAGGAAUUUUUCUUUUUCUUUUUUUUUUUUUUUUUUUCUUUUCUUUUUCCUUUCUAUUUCUUUCUUUUUCUUUAAAUCAAGAAGGAACAGGAACCAGGAAUUGAAAUUAUUAUUUAAUGUAAUAAUAUAAUUGUGUCUUUUAUAUUCGUGAAUGUACAAUUCGUGGUUUUAUGCCUUAACUAUAUAUAAUAUAAUAAUACUCAUUUAAUACUCAUUAUAGCGUACUUAAUAUUUUAAUAUUUUGUAAUAGGAUUAGAAAAACUUCCUAUUUGCACAAUUUCGAUAUUAUUAAUUUCGAUUGAAGUUUGUGUAUUCAUGACAAAACGCUAAUUGAGAAUUUGCGGCUAUUUCUGUUAAAAUAUUUUUCGGAAAUAGGCUUUUGUUAGAUAUUAAUAGAAAUAAUGCAACGAUUUAAUAUGAUUACAGAAUCGAUUAUUUAUUAGAUAAUGAUAUAUACUUAUAUACAUAAAUAAAUUACAAUAGAUCUUUUUUUAUUUCUACGAUAAAAUACAUUAUCAAGCGAUCAACAAUAUAAUAUUUAAAGUAUUUUAUCGAUAAUCUUGACAAACUUUCGAGCAAGUUUAUUGAAUAAACAGCCUGUAUAAUUAUUAAGAAUAUAUGAUUUGACGCAAGAUCUUUAUUUCUCUUAAAAAAAAAAAAGAA